GCGCGCGCUCAAUCCCCGGUACAUUAGCGACAGUAAGACCCAGUGGAAGCCCACCGGCCGCCCCCUCGCACUGGGAGAGAGAGAGAGAGAGAGAGAGAGAUGCACUGCUGCGGGUGAUGAGCUCCGGUUAAGGGCAGUCUUCCGAGCGCGUGUGUGUUUUGUGUGAACCGCACCUCAGGGAGCGGAAAGGCAACUCCGCGCUCCGCAGCGUGGCACCGAAGUGAAGCGGGGAAAUCACACCGCGGCUGAAGAAGGAUCGCAGGAUCGCUGCGUCUGAGAUGCUCAAAGUGAGUAUGAUCAGCUCCAGGCCAGGCGCAGCUCCGGAAUACUGGAUUGAUGGCUCCAAGAAAGAGACGCUGGAGGACUUCUACGAGCUGGAGUCGGAACUGGGACGCGGAGCCACGUCGGUGGUGUUCCGAUGUCGGCAAAAAGGCACCCAGAAACCGUAUGCUGUGAAGAAGCUGAAGAAAACAGUUGACAAGAAGAUCGUACGGACGGAGAUCGGAGUCCUGCUGCGCCUCUCUCAUCCGAAUAUAAUCAAGCUGAAAGAGAUCUUUGAGACGGCGUCAGAGAUCAGUCUUGUCCUGGAACUUGUCACCGGUGGAGAGUUAUUUGACAGGGUGGUGGAGAAGGGCUACUACAGUGAGCGAGAUGCAGCAGACGCUAUCAAACAGGUGCUGGAGGCCGUCGCGUACCUGCAUGAAAACGGUGUCGUGCACCGCGACCUGAAACCUGAGAACCUCCUGUACGCUACUUCAGCACCAGAUGCUCCUCUUAAAAUAGCUGAUUUCGGCUUGUCGAAAAUCAUAGACGACCAGGUGACCAUGAAGACAGUGUGCGGGACUCCGGGAUAUUGUGCUCCGGAGAUCCUCCGAGGUUGUGCCUAUGGGCCCGAAGUUGACAUGUGGUCUGUAGGAGUCAUCACAUACAUCUUACUGUGCGGUUUUGAGCCGUUUUUUGAUGACAGAGGAGAUCAGUACAUGUUCAAGCGCAUCCUGAACUGUGAAUAUGAGUUUGUCUCCCCCUGGUGGGACAAUGUGUCACUUAACGCUAAAGACCUGGUGAAGAAGCUGAUCGUCAAGGAUUCUAAGAAGCGCCUGACCACGCAGCAGGCCCUGCAGCACCCGUGGGUGACCGGGAAAGCCGCUAACUUCACCCACAUGGACACGGCUCAGAAGAAGCUCCAGGAGUUCAACGCCAGGAGAAAGCUCAAGGCUGCCGUUAAAGCGGUGGUGGCUUCGACGCGGCUGGGAAGUGCCAGCGGCCACAGCAACUCGGACGCCGGCAAGGCCAACUCUCAUCCCGCUAAGCAGCAGGACGUGGAAGACCGGCAGCCUGAAAAAGACGUCCGCGGACUGGAAGACUCGUAGACUCGUCGAAAGGAGCAAAAAGAAUAAAAAAUCUCUUUUUCUCUCUCACAGGUUUGAGCAGACCUGAAACCCUCGGGAGUCACGACAGGAUUGAUGAUGAGAUUUGGCUUUUUGGUGACAUGCAUGUGAUUUUGUGAUUGAUUUAGGCUACAAUAGCAGACAAAACAAAACAAAAACGUUAUGCCGUGUAAUACGAGGCAUCUUGAUAUCUGUAUCAUGUAUUUGAAAGCUGUAUGUGAACCAAGCGCAGGUAAACUGACCGAUUUCCCAUUCGCAGAUAUCGGCUGAUCAUUAUCAUCGACCCUAUAUAGUCAAAUUGAAGACUUCAACGUGAGACGCAACCCCCGAGCUGCUUUUAAAUGCACCACAGUAUCCUGUCCUGUUAUCAACCAGGGUCUUUAAUCUUUACUGUCUCCUGUCAUAGGAACAAGCUUCAGCAGUGUCGCUUUACAUCCUACCAGUCUUACCGUAUCGAAAAGGGCUUAGAUUAAUGUUUGUGUUUGUCGAGGAAAGGAAAGCUUGUUUUCUACUUUUCUAAGAAUCAGUACCAAGUACAUGAUGCAUGGUUUUAAAAACAAAACUAUAAAUAAAAUAAUUUAAAAAAAAAAAUAGUUAUGCACAAAUUAACGCUGAUUAGCGGUGCCCAAAAAUCCCUCCGCACCCCAGCACCGUCUGCUCCGAAAUAUAUGUUGGCACCUCUUGGUAAAGAGGGUUAGGGAAAAAAAAAAUCUCCGUCUCUCACACUGAAAAUAUGAGAGGAGAAGUUUCACCUUAACUGAUGAAGUAAAGCAUAAUAUAAGCGUCAUAAUUAUUGGCACCCCUGCACUGACAUACUCGGUUCUUUUCCAUGUAAACCUCCUUCGCUUCGCAUCAAAUCUCACCUUCAGGGUCGCCAAAACUCCUUCCAGAGAAAGCUCCAGUAAUCACCGAGCCCUUAGGUUUUUUGGUGAUGAAAAGAAAAGUCGGUGUGUAAUUAUAGAUUCGGAGACUUGGUGACCCUGAACUGCUACCAUCUCCGCCUGUGGUCUUUGGUGGCUCUUUAUAACAUCCUCCUCGGUGUGCCUGAGGGUGAAAUACACUCAUAAUGCUUCUUGAUUAUCGCCCUAAAAUGAUCUUUCAGGCUUUUAUUUUAUUACAUGUGUCCCAUUUCAUGAGACGUCUUCUCACGCUUCACUUCUAAGAAACCACGGAGCUCCUAAAUACUCAGGCUCAAUUUCAAUGCACUUUUUUUUCUUUCUCUUAUUGAGUAUUCGCAGUCUGAGAGAGUUUUUUUUUUUUUUUUUUUUUUUUAGUUUUUGUUUUCUUUUAUUCUAUCUUUACCAAGGGUGCCAAUAAUUCUGGAUCUGGCUGUCUAUUCAGGUUUUAAGGCUUUAAGGUUAAGUUUUCUUUUUAUACUUGAGGCUAAAAUUUGCCAGUCACGGUUCUUCAGCGUAUUGAGCGAUCAGCCUUUAUUAAAAAAAAACAUAUAUAAAAAAAGGGACUUUAAAGGUGUAUUGAUUGAAUGUUACCUUAGUUAUAGCAUGCUUUUUAUGUACAAAAUAUCAGCGAGCGGAAUGAUUUGCUAAAGACGUACGGAAAGGAAUGUAGCAUGGGUUUCAUCUGCAAGGGUUGCAUUGCAUGUAGGAAUGUUCUAAAGCUCCAAAUGUCUUCUUACAGUGCACAUAUUUUACUAAUACUAAUGACUACGUGUUAUAUGACCUUACAGGCUGUUGGAGGGCCGCAUUGUACGACACCCCAGAGGUCAAAUUUGUAUAUCUGCCUGUUUCUAUCUUAAAAUUUCACUUUUAAAUGAUGAUGAAUUAUACUGUGUAUUAAUUGCAGAAAUAAAAGCUAAUAAACGCAAUAAAAGAGAA